UGGACAAGCUUUUAAAUGCGUUAUUAUUGUCCAUCAUACUGUGACUUCUGUGUGCUCUCUUAUCAGCUGUAGAGCUCGUCGCGUGUAGUAUAGAGUAAAAUCUGUCGCAUCCAUCGUACCUACUGAAACGAAAGAAAAAAGUGAUUUUGUGGGAAGAUCAUGAUUUUGGCCAAGCAGUUGUGUCUUUGUGUUCGAUAGACAGUAGAUUGAUUAAGUGAUUUAGUGUAUCUUGAUUCAGAACGAUCAUGAGUAUCGAUACGAUGAAUGAUCUACGACAAAAGUACAAAAAUUGGAAAUCCUAUAUCAAGUUCGUAAAACUGGUCUCAGACGGGAUGGAGGACGAAACUAUCUUCGGCGAGAAGCAGUCAAUACGAGACUCUGCCCGAGCUUUGAAGAAGUAUGGUAGCAUAUCAGCGUCUGGUACUGCCUUCAGCGGGAGUGGGCACCGAUCACCCGCCAUGUGUACCGAAGCACUCAUCCGACACGAAAUAGAGAAAACGGACACGUUGCAGGGAAUUGCACUGAAGUAUGGAUGUAGUAUGGAACAAAUUCGUCGCAUCAACCGACUUUUACCAACCGACACCAUAUUCCUGAGACAAUUUCUAAUGAUACCGGUAGACAAGGAUUCUCCAUAUUAUCCAAAAGAUCCGUCAGCUAUCAUCCGACCAAGUGCUCUAUCACUGCGAUCGGCCUCCGUUUCAGCGUGUCCGUCCAAUUCGUCAGCUUGUCCUACGCCGAUGGACACGGGAGUAGGCGAUGCGAAUAUUAUAUCACCCGAGGAAGAAAGUAGAAAGAACAUGGAAGAAUUUUUAGGAAAAAUUGAUUCCUCAAUAGCGUCAUCUCGGAAAUAUAUAGCAGAAUCCCAGAAGAAUAGCGAGUUUAUGGGCAGCCAAAGCGAUGAUAACAUUUUCAGUUCCGGUGCGAGUAUGAACAGCAGUGGGUAUUAUUCAAAACCGCGGGCAUACUCGACGGCAUCUUCAUCGUCGUCAAUAUCAUCAUAUCAACAAUAUCACUAUCAUACUGUCAACGCGGCGGCGGGGGCAGGACAAAUGGUUGGUUCAACGUCCCAUCUUAAUCACAAACGACAAAGCUCGACCGGGAGUACCGCUUCCGAUACGAGUCAGCUAAUUGUAAUGACCCAAGGAAAACGGGUGCAGACUUCGAUUCAAAAAUUAGAAAAACAACAAGACGAGCUGUUUGAGUUGUAGCAGCGACAUCAUCAGGAUUUAUCCCAUUCGACAACAGAAUCAUCCGAUCAGAUAGAUAUGAAGAUGCUAGUCGGGUACCAUCAUGCUGAACAGUAUGCGCUUAGUUCCGGUACCAACAGUAGUGAGCUACAGUUCCAAAACUUUCACUACCAAACCCACCCAUCCUAUCGUCAACUAAUAGUCGGAUUCAAAUCACGGAUCAACAGCCUUGUAGGGCUGUUUAUGCGAAGCAAUCGCAAUGAACGACGUCAGUUGCGAUAUCACCACUACCAUCGACAGCAAAAUGAAUGGCGAGAGACAGAUGAAGGGACGCCUAUCAAUCCGAAGCGAAUAAAGAUAAAAGACCAGAAUUUCAAGAGUUUUUAUAAGUGGCCAAAGACCACCGGAUAGAAAUUCCAGAAGUACCUGCACGGUAAGUAGAUUGCAACUAUCCAAGCCAAUAGUAAUUCUUCGAAGGCAAAAUGAAAUUAAGCCAAUCUCACACAUACACGUACAUAACUAAUGAGAUUUGUCUAGAGCAAGAUCUACUAAAGAAGCAAUUUAUUUCCUUUCUCCGUCAACCAUUGCAGUGUGAUAGUUAAAAAUUAAGCUAUGAUUAUUCAACAAUAUGAUCACUCUCAACAAAUACUAACCCUCGUAGCUUAACUGCACAGCAAUCAGCCAGUGCGAUAAGGAUGGUGCUUUCUUUGCUAUCGAAAUGUUUUGGGUAUCGAAAUUUAUUGUUCAUGAUAACAAAGAUUAUUACUCCGUUACCAUUUUGGUUAAUGCUUCUGGUGCGAACAUGAAAUUCGGGUGCGAAGAUUAUUUUAUGCUUGCUUUUUCCGUUCCAUAUUUAGUUAGCCUUCAUGAUUUUUCAUCUCGUUUCUAUGUAUAUGAUAGUAAUGAAAUGAUUAAUGUUUUCUUGUAAUGAAAAGAAAACUUGUUUUGUUGUGAUUGCCGAUACGAUUUCACGAACAUCUUGGUUUAUUUUUCUUCAGUCCGACAGAACUUCUUUUAGUUUAUAUAAAAAAAGAACAUUAGUUUUAAUGAAAUCUUAUCAUUUAUUGUAUUUUUUUUAACGUUGAUAGAAUCAACACUGCCUUCGCAGCUCAUGAGACAUAUUUCUUAUUCAUUGUUGACGUAAAUUUUCGCGAUAUAUCAUUCAUAUUUAAAACUGUUACCAAGUAGAUAAAACUGCGACUGAAUACUAUAGCCUAUUUAGGGGGAAGUAUCCAUAGAGGCCGUAAAAUAUACUUUUUUGCAUUUUGUUUUCUUGGGAAAAUAAAAACAGUGCAAAUUAAAAUUAACAUCAUAUAUAUUUAGGCAAUCCUUGAAAAAACACAUAUUUUUGAUUCCGAAAAAUUGAUUGAUUGGUAGUUCCUGUAAGUCGUGUCGCAGUUUACAUCCAAAUUUUUAUCUGAAAUCAUAAAAUGAAACGUUAUUCUACUCGGGAGGGGUUUCUUAUCCUAGAUAUUUUAGGAAAUUCAAACAAUAAUCAUAAAAAUCAGACUUAAAAAAUUUGGAUUACUCUGCAAUAAUUUUCAAUUAUUUUUCUGUAAAUAAUUGCUAAAAAUAUUAUUUUUAGUUUUUUUUUAUUUAAUUCAUUUUUUGACACGGCACUCGAUCCUUAAGUUUUACGGAGCCGGAAUUUUAACUAAAAAUCUCCUUAGUGGAUCUUCUUGUAGUCUGUUUCCUUAAGAGAUAGAUGUUAUCAUUAUUGUCUAGCGAGGAUUGGGGGGCAGAUGGCUUGCUCGCAUCUUCGAUCAUUUCGUCAUCGUAAUUAUUUGGUUGCCACCGUCGCUGUUAUUUUUUGUUACUGCUCCUGUUAUUAUAUUGAAAGGCGUAGGGGUCUAACACUUUUGAAAAAUAAUCUAGUUUUGCUUUAUAUUUUCUCAUAAUAAUUAAUCAUACAUUUCAAGAAUAUUUUGUCAAAUUUUCAAGCUUACCGGUACAAAACUCUGGAAGUUAUGGAUUUUUAUCUUUGCUUAUCUCAUACUGCGAAGCUCGAAAAAGGAAAAGCUAGGCGCACAGGCCAGAAAGUUCGGCUUCGAUUGACUGGAUAAUUUGACCAAAAAUUUUUGAAAUGUUUUAUUAUGACACAAUACAAAGAAAAAAUAUGAUUUUUCGAAAGUGUUAGACACUACGCGCCCUCUAGAAAAAUAAUUUGUUUCCUUCGAUUUUAUAGACAAUAAAAUUUAAACAUGUUUUUCUCGAAAGCCCGUUUUUUAAAGUCCUUCGUGUCCAUCGUCAUUUAAAAAUUACUUCAGCAAUUAUUUUCAAGUUUUGCACACUCGUUCAACAUGUGAAAAGUCGUAGUUUUGACUUUAAGUACCCAUCAAAAAUUACAAAAUCAAACUAAAACGUACCCUACCUUACCUUACCUAACAGCUAUAGUCCUGGGAUCCUUUGCUGUAUCAAGCAAAUGUCUCCACAUAACUCGGUCCAUGGCUGCUCGUCGCCAGCCACUCAAGGCACGGAUGCUUCUGAGAUCACCCUCCACUUGAUCGAUCCACCUUGCUCGCUGCGCUCCUCUUCUUCGUUUACCAGUCGGAUCAAAUUCAAGAACCAUUUCACUGGGCUGUCGUCCGACAUCCGUAUGACAUGCCCAGCCCAUCGUAGAUGUCCGAUUUUAGCUGUCCGUACGAUAGGUGGUUCUCCUAGCAGCUGUUGCAAUUCGUGAUUCAUACGCCGUCUCCACGUUCCAUCUUCCAUCUGCACUCCGCCAUAGAUGGUUCUCAGUACCUUUCUUUCGAAAACACUGAGUGCGCGUUGGUCCUCUGCCAACAUAGUCCAGGUCUCGUGGCCAUAGAGAACAACCAUCGUUGCUUUGAUCAAUCGCAUCAGUUUAUCCGGGAAACCGUAUUCGUGCAUUAUUUGCCAUAGCUGUUCUCGAUCGAUUGUGUCGUAUGCCGCUUUGAAGUCAAUGAAUAGGUGAUGCGUGGGUACGUUGUAUUCACGACACUUCUGGAGUACUUGUCUUAUCGCGAAUAUGUGGCGCGGGCUCCAGUAAAGCCCGCUUGGUACGGGAUUCCUUAGCUAUUGGUAAUAGACGACGGCAAAGGAUUUGGGAGAGUACCUUGUAGGCGGCGUUCAGCAAUGUGAUUGUGCGGUAAUUGCAACAAUCUAGCUUAUCGGCCUUUUUGUAAACGGGACAUACCACUCCAUCCAUCCAUUCCUGCGGUAGAAUCUCCUUGCGGGGGAAGAAGGUGCUUCGAAUAUCCAUUCCGCGGGAGGCUGCAAAGUUUACGCAUCGUUGACCGUUGUCCAGCCCGAUCACGGGCCUGUACAUUGCCUCCCGGCCUACCUGAGCAUUCAUGUCGCCGAUGACGAGUUUUACAUCCCGCCGUGGACAGCUGUCGUAGAUUCGUUCCAGCUGCGCGUAAAAUGCUUCCUUCUCGUCAUCGGGUCUCGUCUCAUGUGGGCGGCGCACGUUGAUUAUGCUAUAAUUGAAGAAACGGCCCUUGAUCUUCAAUACGCACAUCCUAUCACUGAUUGACUGCCACCCAAUCACGCGCUGACUCAUCUUGCCCAACACUAUAAAUCACGUUCCUAGAACGCUGGUUGUGCCACAGCUCUGGUUGAAAGUAGCCGCUCGAUGCCCACUUUUCCACGUCUCCUGUCCCGUCCAACAAAGUUCCUGCAGUGCUACGAUAUCGAGGCAGCGGAUUUGAAGCUCAUCAUGCAGCAUUCGGUCGUAUCCUGGGAAGCCAAGCGAUUUGAAGUUUCAUGUGCCAGGCUUCCAAUCGUAGUCCUUUGUUCGUUGCGUAGGUCUUUGCCGAUUAUGCCGAGUCGUAUUUCUUACUUGAUUGUGCGUAACAUGUGUUUUCCGGGCGUCUUAUUAGGCCUGCACCAACCUCCUGUCAUCGUGCCAGCACUGUUUAGAGUCCCACACUGACACAAGGACGGUAAUCAGCCGCUACUAACAUGGAGAACAGACGCUCGGGUAAGCUCGCUCUCUGUAAAGAGAAGGCAAGCCCUCCCUUCCCUGUCAGCAUAUGUCCAAGGUCCCACCGGGGUUGGUUACCCGACCUUUCCUAUGGUUACUCGUACCCCAGCCGGCACCGCGGGGAGGUAUGGAUAGGAGUUACUGGACGAGAGGCUAAGAACCACAUUGGGGCCUGAAUUGCGCAUUGCCCAGUCGUUUACCAACUAAAACGUAGGGGCCUAGAAAAACAUCUAAUAUAACUAUGCUGCUUCGAUUUGUUGAUUUCUGAUAAGUCUGCGCUGAGAUACAGUGAACACCGCAAAUCAUGAUUUCUACGAAAUCCUUAAAAAUACUCGUUCACCAGUUUAUUUCUCAAUGUUUUUUCACGAAAAUAUAACAUAUUGGGUUUUGAAUAAUGCUUCUUAUUAUGCAAAACAUUUGAAUUUAUUUUCUUGAAUGAUACUGCCCAUAAUUGCAUAUCAGUCCCAUAUUUAAAAUCAACAAGUUUUGGAAAAGAUAAAUACAUAUUUCGGAAAUAAUUCGCUUUUUUCCGCUACUAUGACGGUUGAUCCGUGAUACUAUUGAAUCUCUUGACAUACAUGCAUUACAUCAUAAACUUUUCAUCUGGGAUGAAAUAUUGCAUUUUUUCGUUAUUCGUUUAUAUAAAAGCUGUUACGCAACAAAAUGGGACUAAGAUGCGAGUACUUCUGUUAACGAACGAAAAGAUACUCGCAUACCGGUCCAUCUUAGCAUGCUAUGCUUCACUCCCACGUGACAAAAUUUCAUGUUUGAUUUUCCAUGCGUGUGAAACUUUUAAUUGUUCGAUAUAUUUAAGUUUGUGAUAUAAUGCCACGUCUUGAUGCAAUUAAAUGGUAUGGUCAUAGACUCUUGCACGGAAGACAGCUCAAACAGUGACUUUGUAGGUUCCAAUUCAAAAUAUUCGCAUAUGCCUACAUCUUAUUUUAGUCAAAGUUAUGACAAAAGAGCUAACUCUUUUCCUUAAGUUGUUGCUUCGGAGGAUGAAAUUGUGACUAUAAAUGGGAGCAAUACGUUUGAAAGAAGCUAUUUUGGCGAGGAGCUGAGAUAAAAACACAAAUUAUCCAAGAAGAAUUAUCGUACCUGCGAAGUCUGUUGAAACAGAAGGUCAAAUUCCACUACAGGAAUGUAAUACCAAGGCUUUGCUUUACGUUUUUAGUUACCAAAACGUGAUUUUUAAUGCUUGGGACAGAUAUGCGAGUACUUUCCACAUGGGACAGACCCGACUUGGUAUUUUUUCACAUUUUACUGAACUAACCCCAAAUUAUUUUUGCGAUUCCAGAAAGUAAGGUAAAAAUAGACGUUAUCCGUCUGGCUAACUCAAAAAUGGCCAGAACCCAUAUGGGACUGAUAUGCGAAUAUGAGCAGGACAGCUCGGAAUUUUUUCGUAAUCCUAAGUAAUUCUAAAAAACAUAGAUGUUUUUUUCUAAAAUACGUGAACACCUACUAUCUGACAAAGUCCAUUUAUUACACUAAAUUUUCGAAGAGAUGAACAACACCUCGGUCCGUGGAUGCUCGGCGUCAGCCACUUAAGGUACGAAUACUUCGUAGGUCGCCUCCACCUAGCUCGCUGUGCUCGUCUUCUUCUUUUGCCCAACGAAUCAGAUUCAAAAACUAUUUUCUCUGUGUUGCCGUCCGGCAGUUUUAAAGACUUUUCUACUCAUGUAAAAUAAUAAAAUACUUUUCCACUCAUGUAAAAUACUUAAAAUACCGGCACCACGAAUUCUGCAAAUGCAAAUAAUAUCAAUCAAAUUUUUUCUAACAAGAAAAACAGCUGCCUGCACUGUAAGGAUGUUUAGUUUUUCCUUACAAACUAUCGACAUCCGACCAUCUGGUGCCCACCAAAACAUAGCAAAGAAACACGAAGAAGUCUCAAUUUCCCAGUGCCUAACAAGGUCUGUCACUAGUAUAGAAAAAUAGUUUUCACCCUGGCUGUCUACUCUUCCCGCUUAUCAGUUCUACAGAAAAUUGAUUUGAGAUCCAAGCUAACACACUAGUUGAUGUCCCCGUACUCGAUCGUCUGAGGGCGACUUAAAAAUAAGCAACCAAUCAAAAAUGUGAUACUUAUAAGUUCGACGAAAACUGUAACUCGGUUAGUCGUUUCGUCUAUGCCCUACCACAUUGCUUAGUAAUAAUAUGUUUGACUUGAGUAUGUAAUACGUAACAAUGUGAUUUUUUGUUUAUCCACUAUAAAUAUAUAUAUUCAAAACUACACCCAAUUGUCUGGCUUAUCACAUUCGAAUUAAAGGUGCAAUUGGUUAUUGAACUAAUAUGUAAUAAAUACUAUUACUCAUCCACACAUCAAUCAAUCAAUCAUGAUAGCAAACACGACGUGGUCACGAAUACGAAAAUAACACAUAGUUUAACCUACCAAUAAUAAUUAUAAAGCUUUAUUGUGUACCCAAACUAAGAAAAACUCACGGAAGUUAAUAUCGUCGCGAGACAAAGGAAUGAUUAUUAAACGUUGAUACAUAAAUCUAUAUAUAAUAGUAACGAAGAUGUCUGCUAUGGAAUAUGAAUAUGUUUAUUAGUAGAUAACCGCGAGUUUGCAAGGACGAAGUGAAAUUAGAUAGUCACGGAUAUGUAAGAGAUAGCAACGUUUUCACUUCCCAAAGUGAUAAAAUAUAUUGAAAUUGUAUGUGAAUGUAUGUGUAAAUUUGUGUAUAUAAGCAUAGAGCAUGGGAUCAUAUAAAAAACAAACAAGAAUAAAUUAUAACUAUAUAUCUUAA